AUGCUUCGUCACAUCCGCACGCCCCCCAUGCUUCAAAUCAAGUCGAAGGAGGCCCAGCCUCCCCCACCGUCACUAGACCACAACACGACCAAGUCACCCCUCAAGUCCAAUGGCUCGUCCAAGAAUACAUCCUUGGGCGCUGUGAUGGUCUUUAUCGCACGAGCUACCGAUCUGUCGGAUCACCCAUACCCCAAUGCCUCGCUCACCAGCACCCAGGUGCAUGAAUACCUACGCAACCUGCUGGUAAUGACCUCCACCGAGCAUCGCAAGGUCUACAAUAACCUCGGAGGACGCCCCCAUAAGAUUCAAACAAUCAUUCAACCGUCGAACCACAGGCUCCCAUCCAACGGCCGCGUCACCAAGUUCCUUGCAGCCGCACUGGCCGAUGCCCGCGACACCAAGACCGAAUGCAUCUUCGUCCUCUACAACUGGGAUGGCUGGACAACUGACUACUCCACCAUCAUUGAGAUGAGUGCUCAGCACAGGGAUGUGCCUUUCAGCUUGCACGUCUAUGCAAAGGGCCAUGACGUUCCGCGCGAAUUCUACGAGGCCGAUGGCCACAAGGUCGCCGAAUACUUCCGCCAUCGCGAGAAUAUUUCCCAGGAGAGCCUUGCCGAUGAUCGCAAUACGGUUCUUUUCAUUCGCAUGAUCGAGGCGUUGCACAACCUUCAUAAUCAAGUUCGAAUCCCACUUGAUAUCAGGCGUGAUCUUGUGCGAUACGAUUGCCGCUUGCUUUGA